CCGAUUUUCCGAAGUAGCGGUUCCCGAUGAAGGAGAAGGCGUUCGAUUCCUCUACUAUGUCCAGGAAUCUCUUCCAAUUGGUGUCGUCAUCUGCGCGAAUCGACUUUACUUCAACUCCCUAUUCAAAAUAUUUGCAGCCAAGCGAUGUUUCUUCUUACCCGCUGACCGACGCAGGCACGUUCCAGCUAGCACCAUCGGUUUUUGAUUCUCGGCUUCCCUUGGAUAAAAGGCCCUCUUCUGUUCCAACUCCUUUUAUCAAGGAGACAAGUUCUUCCGCCUAUUCCUAAUCUUCUUCCUUCUGUACAGGACUGGGAAUACAUUAGGAUGAGAUAGCAGACUGCUGUAGGUGGAAAAGUAUAGAGUCCACACUGGUGCUUGACUGUUGUGGUAGUGCUGGAAGUUGAACAUGGUUAUUGUUGCCUACCACGUAUGGAGGUAAACUUCGUCACGUUUUUUACUGCUCAGAGAAGAAGGGUCACAUAGUCUUUAUAUGUAUUUCGGAUUGCUAUCUACUGAGUUUUUGCCUGUUAAGAAAAUGAUUCUCGAUUGAUGAAUAGCUUAGUGGAUCUCCUCCUUUCGGGUAGUCGGGAGGGGUUUUGACAUCGAGUUUUUGAUUGGGGUAUCCAUCCAUACCAUGUUUGGCUAUUGUGUGUUUAUUAUGCAGUCCAAAGAAAUACUACUGGAUGAAAGAGGUUGUAUUGGCUGCACUCCAAAUUGAUAUGGUUAAAUGAAACUCGGAAGUAGCUGAGGGAAGAGCUAUUCUCUGUGGUCUGAAUAAAGCAAUGAAAAGGAGAUAUUGUAUCCUUUGAGGCAUGUGCCGACUGAUUUCCUUUCAAUGAAGGCUUUUGUUGUUUCCUCCAUAGAAGAAAGAAGUGGUCAUACAGGAC